AUGGGAAACACACCAAUCACCAUUGGUGUCGAGACAGACAAGACUGGCUACACAGCCGGCAGCACUCUUCAUGGCAAAGUCUACUUAUCGAUUAGUAGUCGACAGAGCACUGGCGUUGCGGCUCAAGUAUUGCAAUUGAGACUACUUGGUAGAGAGUCCGCCGUCGUUCAUCACACUUCCACGAGUGACUCCAAUACAGACAAUCACUACGAACGAUCGAGUCAUACAUUCUUUCAAGUGGAUUAUCCAUUGUAUUCAUUUGUAAAUCAGCGAGCUCCUUCCGGGCAAUACGAAUAUCCGUUUCAAUUCAAUUUGCCUCCCAAUUUACCAUCUACCAUGAAGGCAAGAGAUGGUGAGUCCACUUGCGAGGUGGAAUACGAGCUGAUUGCUACUUUGGUUCAGCCAGGAGGUGGUGGAAUAUUCCAGGGACAUCCAAAUGGCAAGAAGACGAUCUCUGUAUGGUCCACCACAGUGGAGCCUGCGGAUAGUUCGGUCCAACAUCCCGAAGACAACAUUCCCGUCAAUGGAUGCUGUUGUUUUCAAAAGGGAAACAUGCUAUUGGAGUCCUGUGUCGACAAGACAAUUGUCAAACACAAUGACAUGGUGCAAGUUCAAUUUAAAUGUCAAAACAAUUCCUCCUUGGAUGUGGAAUCUGUCAAGAUCCAACUAGAACAAAUCAUUCAAUGGACUUGCAACUCGAGAUCAAAGAAAGUAAGAAGAAUACUGGACAAGCUCGAAGUCGAUUCUCGCCGAUAUCCUGAAUUGGAACCCACGGUCCCCAAGUCUGGUCUGUGGUGUUGUUUUGGUGUUGGUGGUGGACGCACAGGCGGUAGUCAUUCCUAUGCCCAGCUGAACACCAAUUCCAAUACUACCUCAAACUCAUCGCAAGACUAUCACACCUUUCACUUGCGAAUUCCAGAGAAUGCCAAUGAUACCUAUCAAGGAAAUGCCGUAUCCAUUCAGCAUGUACUCAGUGUGGUACUCGUGUCCAAUGGAUGUUGCAACAGCAAUCCUGAAUCAGCAACAACGAUGCAACUUUUCAAGAGCUUUUCGAAUGGCGAUAACAAGACCAGUGAACAUACUCCUGCCAUGGUGGCAACAUCAGCCCAACAGGAUAUCUUGUCAUUCGACAGUACCAAUAAUAAUACUGCUGACGCUGCUCCGGUAUUUGCAACCGCCGAACUGGCACCAGCAACAGAAGUCCAAACUUUGCCAUCCGAUUGGAAUGCGCAAACGGCACAAGUGGUGGAAAUUCCAAUGGCGGAGGCAAUGUUGGUGGAACCAUCGGCACCGCCCAUGUUCAAGUAG